UCCUUCUCAACGGCGCUGAUUCUGGUCUGCUCCGUGAAGCGGAAGAAUUAUGAAUCAAAUGAAAUGUUAUUGGUCACAUGCAUAUUUUAUUGCUGGUGUAGCGAAAUGCUUGUAAUGCACUGACUACUGCGGAGGUUGCAUUGUUGUAAAUGCUGCAUGGACACUGCAGACGUCGGAUUGAACAUACAUCAGGUUUUUCUGGUUCGCUGCACGUAUAGCUCUGCUGUAAUCAGUCUGGUAUUUUAUAGGCUUCCCUUACUGGGCCUCAGACAAUUAAAACUAUCUGGACUCUUACAGAGGACGUCGUUUCAACAGACUCUCGUGUAGAGGUGGAGGAUAACAGACAUCAGUAUUCUUGAAAGAAUAGCUUCCACGAUGGAUCGGGACAGAGCUAUCCCGUCCCCCUCCAACCUGCCGGAGUCCCCUGGUCACAACUCUCCUGAUAUCGGCUUAUUGCUGGGUCUGAAGAGGGUGUCUGUGCGGCUGGUCGACUGCAGGAAAACACCAGGGCAGAGUGGAACUGUGAGAGAAGGACACGAGGAGGAGGGAGAUUUGAUUUCAUCAAGGGACAGCACUAACCAUUCUCUCAGUUGGAGGGGCUUGUCAUCUGCGGAGCCUCAACAACAUUGUGUUGCUGACGAGACAGAGAAGUGUCUCUAUAGAUCAGAACACCCCAAGAAACACCAGCAGAGACAUAUAGGGAAGAAACCUCAACACUGCUGCUCUGACUGUGGGAAGAGUUUCACUAGCAGGAGUGACUUCAUUAUUCACCAGUGGAUUCACACCCGAGAGAAACCGUACUGCUGCUCUCAGUGCGGGAAGAGUUUCACUGCUUCUAACGCCUUCCAAUCUCAUCUGCAAAUUCAUGCAGGGGAGAGGCCUUACCCUUGCCUUGAUUGUGGAAAGAGCUUCAAUCAGUCAAGCAACCUGACUACACACCAGCUAACACAAACUGGAGAGAAGCCUUAUAGCUGUGAUCAGUGUGGAAAGAGCUUUGCUGUAGCUUCCACCCUGAAUAGACACCAGGUUACACACACUGGAGAGAAGCCUUAUAGCUGUGAUCAGUGUGGGAAAAGCUUUGCUGUAGUUUCCUCCCUGAUUAGACACCAUCGAACACACACUGGAGAGAAGCCUUAUAGCUGUGUUCAGUGUGGAAAGAGCUUUGCUGUAUCAGAAAAACUAACUAUACACCAGCGAACACACACAGGAGAGAAGCCUUAUAGCUGUGAUCAGUGUGGGAAGAGCUUUGCUGUAGUUUCCUCCCUGAUUAGACACCAUCGAACACACACUGGAGAGAAGCCUUAUAGCUGUUAUCAGUGUGGAAAGAGCUUUGCUCUAUCAGAAAAACUAACUAUACACCAGCGAACACACACAGGUGAGAAGCCUUAUAGCUGUGAUCAGUGUGGGAAGAGCUUUGCUGUAGCUUCCACCCUGAAUAGACACCAGCUAACACACAGUGGAGAGAAGCCUUAUAGCUGUGAUCAGUGUGGGAAAAGCUUUGCUGUAGUUUCCUCCCUGAUUAGACACCAUCAAACACACACUGGGGAGAAAACUUUUGUCUGUCUAUGUGGGAAGAGCUUUGCUCUAGCUUCCACCCUGACUACACACCAGCGAACACACACUGGAGAGAAGCCCUAUAGCUGUUAUCAGUGUGGCAAGAGCUUCAGUCAAUCAGUACACCUGAAUACACACCAGCGAACACACACAGGAGAGAAGCCUUACAGAUGUGAUCAUUGUGGAAAGAGCUUCAGUCAAUCAGUACACCUGAAUACACACCAGCGAACACACACAGGAGAGAAGCCUUACAGCUGUGAUCAUUGUGGAAAGAGCUUCAGUCAAUCAUUAAACCUGAAAACACACCAGCUAACACACACUGGAGAGAAACAUUAGAUAGACAUACAGUACCAGUCAAAAGUUUGCACACACCUACACAUUCCAGGGUUUUUCUUAAUUUUUUGUAUUUUCUACAUUGUAGAAUAAUAGUGAAGACAUCAAAA